AGGUGCAAUUCUAAAUGAAAACUAUAACAAAAAACUCACCUCUGUUACAUCAUUAUUUGGACAAGUUCAAGCAAAUCAAACCCAAAUGCUUCAACCAAUUGAAACCAUUACAGGUAUCCUUUCCACCAUUAUUACAAUUUUCCAACACCGUAUGGUACAUUUUACUCUCUCACAAUGUUUCUUUAGCCAAAUUUUCUCUUGGAUUGGUUCAAUGAUUUUGAAAGCAUUUAUGCUACGUCAAGCUUUCUGUACUGAUCAAUUUGCCCUUUUCGUUAAACAAAAGAUUGACCUCCUUAUCUCUUGGUCUGAAAAUUUUGGUAAUGUAUGGUGUGGUAAUAUUUCAAAAUCGUUUGUUCAAGUACGUGAAGUUAUUGCUGUGCUCACAUAUAAAGAAAAAGACAAAUUUGCAGAAGAGAAAACUCGUAAAAUUAUUUGUCCAAAUUUAAAUGCAAAUCAACUAAAACAAAUUUUAGCAAUGUAUAGUCCUGGUGAAUUUGGUAAAAAAGUACCAACCAAAGUUAUUACCUCAAUUUGCCCACCAACCAAAGCACUUUUAAAUCAACAACUAUUCGAUUCUGAAAAACUAUUACCAAUUCCAAUCGAAGCUUUACACUAUUUAGAAACAAGUGAUAUCAAAGGCCUCUCUUUACCAUCGUCAAUUAGGACCUCGAUUGAAACAGAAAUUAAAAAUAUUAAAAAAUUAAUAAUAUCAAAAAAUGUCAAUAAUACACCAAUUUAAUUUAUUUAUAUUCACAAUAAAAAAAAAUAAAAUAAAAAUAAAAUAAAAAUAAAAUAAAAAAAAAUAAAAAAAUUGGUUUAUCUGUGUAUUAUUAUUUACUUCA